AUGAAGCGCGUUUUUUCGGUUCCCGGCAGCGCGCACGGCAACAGCCGUGUGCUCUUCCAGUGGCAGAAAAAAUCGGGCAAAUACUUGGCCUCGGCUGGCGCUAAUCGCCGCGUCAACAUCUACAACCGCGAAGGCAACAUUGUCGCUGAGCUCGAAACCGAGGGCAAUGCCGUGUCCAUGGACUGGGAUGCUCAAGGCAUCACACUGGCCGUUGCCUGUGAAGGCUCAAAUAAGGUGCUCAUGUGGAACUCUGACACGAAGGAAUCCUCUCUGCUCGAGACGGACGAGAAGAGCCCCCUGAGCAUGGUCCGCUGGUCCACCGAAAAGCUCCUCCUGAUCAUCGGUACCGUCAAAGGCAAUCUGAUCCUGUACAACCAGGAAGUCCGCCGCCGCAUUCCCAUCCUGGGCAAGCAUAACAAAAGCAUUACCGAGGGCAUCUUUGACCAAAACAACAACUUUGCUCUCCUCUCCAAUGACAGGUCUUUCACCAUCAAUAAUAGCGACGGUGAUACCUUGCAUCAGCCCAUGCUGCAGAGCGACGGCUCGAGCAUCCGCUUCUACAGCCCGCCCAAGACAGCCCUGCGCGAGGGCAAGCUUCACGAGCCCAAGGCGAGUCUCAUUCUGGACAAGAAGACCCUCUACAUUUUUAACCUUGAGGAUCCCGAGAACCCGAUUGAGCUGGCAUUUCAGGAGAAAUACGGCACGAUCGUUGCCUACGAUUGGUCCGCUCGAGGCAACCUUUACAUCGGCUUCAGCUCGGGCUACUUUGUCUCCGUGUCCACCCACAUGGACAAGAUUGGUCAAGAGCUCUUCCAAGUGCGCAAUCACAAGACGCGCCUGAAUGACAUUGCUUGCUGCCACGCUGUGGAAAAGGUGGCAACGGCGGGCGAUGACUUUGUGAAGAUUCACGACAUGCUCGAGCCCUCGGACGUGUACGCCAUCAUCCCGCUCGAGGAUGACCGUGGCAUGCUGGAUCGCUUGCGCUGGAGCGAGGAUGGACAACUGUUGACCAUCAGCACCAUGUCUGGCGCCGUGUACACAUACCUCAUGAAGCUUCCCGUCUUGGGUCAAGCUUCGAGCAAGUCGCUCGCUUACAUGUCCUCACUCAAAGAGUUGACCGCUCAGUUCUUCGACCAGCCCGCGAUUCGCCAUCGCAUCAAACUGCCGAUUGAACCCCUCAUUGUCGGUGCAGGCCCCUUUCACGCUGCCGUGGCUAUGAAUAACAACGCCUGGUUCUACACAACCGCAGCCGACGAAGAGCCCAAGCUCGUGGCUGGCUCGCCACGCGACUAUGUGGGCACCGUGGACGGCAUCAGUCUCAACGCUGACUACGCCGCCGUGCAAUGCGGCGGAAAGCUUCAGCUUCAGCUUAUCGAGUACGAUGAAGACAUGGGUACCGGUGAUGGCCGGGAAGCCAAGCUUUUCCCCGAAAAGUCAAGCGAGAAGAUUAUUGCCUCCACCAUCACAGAGGCGUUCCUGAUCUAUGCAACGGACAAGGGCGGCAUUCACUACUUCAGCCUCGAAGACUGGAUGUUCGUCAACGAAUAUCAGCUUCCCAGUGGCAUCAAGCGCUUCUUUGCCGAUGAAACCGGCACACGCGUGGUUGUCGUUGACAACAAGGGCGAUGCCUUUGUCUACUCUCCGGUGGAUGAUAGUUGCGUGGAAAUCCCCAACGUCAGCCCCACAAUCAAGGGCUUCCUUUGGGACACGGUGGCAACAGAAAAGACCUUGUUGGGCUACGACGACGACAGUUUUUAUGUCUACGCCUUCUUGCAAGAUCACGUGGAUAGCGUUGCGAGCGGCCACAAUGAGCUGGGAUCACUUUGCCAGUUUGUGGGCAAGAGUCAGCUCGCGCACGGCUGUCUGCCCGUGCGUUUGGUUGGAGGUGCCGUCACCUCGCUCACGCCAAGUGGCAAGCCCAAGACGGAUACCCUGUCAACCCAUCGCUACCUGGUUGAGCCCAAGAACGUGGGCUUGAGCGACUUGCCCGCGGCCAUGGAGGCGGCUUUGCAGAUGGGCAAUUUCCCCUUGGCUGCCAUCCUGCUCAAUCGCCUGUUGGGUUCGCAGCAAAAGGCGCCCGUUGCUUCAAGCAAGGCGGCCGAAGCUGCACUCAAAGCCUUGGACAUCGCUUCGGCCACCACCAUGUAUCGGCUGCUGGGCAAGCCGGGCAUGGUGCGCACGCUCAAGGCACUCGAGUUUGUUGAAGACCGCCACCUGCUCGGUGGGCACGUGUCCAUGCUACUUGGCAAAUUCAACCGCGCCGAGCAGUUGUUCCUCAACUCGUCGCAGCCCGAAGAAGCCCUGCACAUGCAUCGCGACUUGCUACAGUGGGAGCAAGCCCUGAAGCUGGCCUCGAAGUACUCCCCCAAGGACCUUCCUAUCGUCGCCCGCGAAUACGCUCAACAGCUCGAGUUCCAGGGCAACUUUUCGCGGGCCCUUGAGCACUACCAGACCGCGCAAACAAAUGACCCGCGGGAGCGUGUGCAUAACGACGCGUGCAAGGCGGGUAUUGCUCGCUGUGCUUUGCGCACGGGCGAUGUCUCGCGUGGGUUGGCGCUGGCAGAGGAGAUUGGAUCAAUCAAACUCUUUACCGAGUGUGGUGCAGCCCUCGAGGCCACCGACCAUUUCAACGAGGCUGCCCAGUGCUACGAGCGGGCCAACAUGGUUGAUAAGGCCGCAGAAAUGUACAUCAAGACCAAGAAUUGGGUCAAGGCCGGAGAAAUGCUCGAGAGCGUGAGCAACACGGCAUUGCAGCUGCAAUAUGCCAAGGCCCGCGAAGCUAGUGGCAGCUACAAGGAGGCAGCCACGGCUUACGAGGCGGCCAACGAUGUUGUCUCGGUCGUCCGAAUCAACUUGGAUCAUUUGCGCGAUCCUCAAGAGGCUGUGCGGGUGGUACGCGCCUCUGGCUCUGUUGAGGGCGCCAAGAUGGUGGCCAACUUCUUCCAAAAGAUUGGGGACGCGCCAAGUGCCAUCCAGUUUUUGAUCAUGUCGCGCAAUGCCGAUGAGGCAUACGCCAUGGCCAAGCAACACAACCAGCUCGACCUGUACGCUGAGGCCCUUGGUGAUGCUGGCACUCCCGAGGUUUACAAGCAGAUUGCCGAGGACUAUGAUCGCUUGGGCAAUGGCCUUCAGGCUGGUCGCUUCUUCUUGCAGGCUGGCCUGUACGACGAUGCUGUGAACCGACUCGUGCAAGCCUCGACGGAGGACGGCGAGCACGUGGAGCUGGCCAUUCGCGCGGCGGGCGAGGCCGGUGAGACAGGCUUGACGCAACGUGUCUUGGAUUAUCUCAUGGGGGAGGUUGAUGGCGUUCCCAAGGACAGCCGUUACCUAUUCCGUCUUUAUUUGGAGACCAAGCAGUAUCAAGAGGCUUCGCGCACGGCCAUUUUGGUGGCGCGAGAGGAGCAACGCACGGGCACAUAUCGCACGGCGCGCGACGUUUUAUAUCAAAUGUUCAACGAGCUUAAGGAGCAGCGCAUCGGUAUUCCCGCUGAAAUGUCCGACGAUUUGAACAUGCUGCAUUCCUACAUCCUGGGCAAGAUCCGCAUGAAGCUGGGUGAUCAUUUAUUGGCAGCGCGCAUGCUGAACCGUGUGGCCAACAGCAUUAGUCGCUUCCCGGCCCACGAGGUCAACAUUUUGACAACCACGGUGAUUGAAUGCUUUCGCAGCGGCAUGAAGAAGCAGGCCUUUGACUUUGCCAAGCAAUUGUUGGCCAACGAGUACCGUGACAAGCUUGAGGAGAAAUACAAGAAGAAGAUUGAGUCGAUUGUUCGCAAGCGCGAUCUGAGCGAGGUUGAGGAGGAACAGGAGCCUUGCCCCUACUGCUCCACCCAGCUGCCCGUCACAUCUCUUUCGUGCUACAAUUGCCAGAAGCGGCUACCCAUGUGCAUUGCCACGGGCAACUUUUGUGUGCGCACCGACUUCACGCAGUGCCCAUCGUGCCGCUUUCCGGCGCGCAAGUCGGCGUUCCUGCGAUAUCUGCAGUACCAACCACAGUGCUCCAUGUGCUCGACCCAACUUGAUGCCUCAAAGAUCAAACAAACACCGCUGGAGGAAGUGGAGGCGUUCUUUGAAGGAUUCCAGAAGGACAUUGACGCAAAUGCGGUGCCUGUAACAGAUGUCAAGGCUCAGGCUGAGGGGGAAGCCGCUGCAGCCGAUGAUGACGAGUCUGAUGAUGAUGAGAGCGAGCUGAUCUGA